AUGUUGAGUAGCUGGUCUAUGUUCACCUGCCAAACCACUUCUUCGGGCGACCUUGAUGCGACCGAGAAGACAGCUGGUAAUAGCAAAGACGACGAGGUCGACGAAGAAGUCAACGACGGCCAGCAUUCGUCUCGUCAGCUCAGCAGCAAUGGCUCCUCAGAGGGAAAAGUUGAACCCGUUUUGCCUGAGAAUGUUGGUACCCCAGAAAUAUCGCUGUCUUCUGGAAGCAGUCAUGCCGACACCAAAGAGCAGCCCAAAGACGAUAGCAGCAAAAUCAAAGAACUCGAAGGCAAAAUCGAAGCUAUGCAAGGAGAGCUUGUCCUGUUGAUACAGCAGAGCAAUGAGACUCGAGAGAGCUUGGGUAAGGAAAAGGUGCUUCCACAAGAUGCCUUCAGUUUCUUGGUCGUUUGUCCUUUCUGCAGCGGUCCAUUCUGCUUUGCUCUGCUUGUCUUUGUAUUUCAAAUGACUACCUUCAUCCUGCUGACUUUGGAUCUGCUGAGCAAGGGCAACGGGAGCCAGAACCCUUUUGGAAUCCCUGGCAAUGUUUCGCCUCAGCUGCGUAUCUGUCAGUUUAUUGCUAUUGUGGUGGCGGUGUUUUCCCAAGGCGACCUGAUGACUGGCUUCGGUUCCUUCCGAGACGGAUACACACACAGGCUCCAAGAUAUCUUCGAUUAUGCCUCGCCUUUGAAGUUUUGGGUAUCCCUCUUGACUCGAUUGAGCGAAGCAAUUUUGGGGCUGGUUGUGAGCUUUCUUCUCAUUACCACAAGUGAAGCGGUUGUAGAUUUGCUCUUGAACUUCACGGCCAUUGAAUUCGUCAGCAACUUGGACGAAGUCUUCUUCUUUCUGUCGAAACAAGGCUUCAUGGGCAGGACAUGCAAGAAGGACGCAGGUGUAAUUGCGAGUGCUUCGUACGUGCCGGAGAGGAAACGCGGAAGUGCUUGGAAAAUCACCUUGCUGUUGAUCAUUCUUGCUUCCAUGAUGGUUGGAUGGGUUUCCGUCAUUGAAGCGCAAGAGUCUGGAAGCUACCUCUGUCGUAGCGUACAGGUUCAGUUCGGAGAUGACUUUAAUCCUCAGUUGGCCACCUUCUCUGGUAUCUAUGACAUUCAACGAAAGCAACGUCGAUUCAAUAUCUUGUCAGAAGAAAGAGUCACCUAUGCCGAAAGAAGGGCAUUGGAAAUUGGAGGCGAGCGUGCGAUGUUUGGAUGGUGUAGCAAGAUUCAGGGUUGGACCUUCCGCUGGCAAACAGAAGCAGCAUCCAAUAGUGAUCCCUGUGACUGGGUAGCCAGAUCAGAAAGUGCAGACAUCGACAGCUACGACUUGAUACAGACUGCUUCAUCGAGUUGGUAUGUGCAAGAUUAUGCAGGUCGCGAGGUUGUCUUGGAUCCAUUUUAUCUCGCAUGCAUAGAUUGCACCGGAUCUGCCGAAGCCGACUGUGGAGGUCGUGGUCAUUGCAACGAUGGCGUGUGCCAAUGUGAAGAAGGCUGGUUUGGAAUUCGGUGCCAAUUCUCUACUCCGUGUCCGAAGCUUUCAGUCGACACUCUUACAAACGACUUUGCAUCCACACGAGACUGGGCCAGCACCUUCAACCUUCUCCUCGAUGAUUCAGGCGCACCUGUCCAAGCCUAUGAUCGUCCUAUCUUUGUCCAUGAAUACGGAAGUGGUUCUGGUGAUUAUGAUAUCAUUGUCUUCACGGGGCGCCGAUUCGGACUGACGACGACAAGGUCCGAAGACCUACAAACGAUCGGGCACAACUUAUCAAUCUACUUUAAAGAAUCUUUCCAUGCAGAGAGCACGGAAUUGGAUUUUGCCUUUCUCAGCGAGCCCGCAGACUUGCAGACCCCAAGGGAUUCCGUGAGUCCAGAAGGUCUCGAUUUCUUCCUGUCACGAGAUUUGCAGCCUUUAAGUCAAGUCAACACGAAACUUUUGUGUUCUAUUUGUUCCAACGAAACCAACCCUUGUCUGUACGAUGGUCACUGUGAUAACAAUGGCUCCUGUCAGUGUAGUCCCGGCGGUUACGGAAGCUUAUGCCAGAUGCCACCUAUAAACAACGGCUAUUGCAAUCAGUUCUUCAACACACCUCAAUUCAACCUAGAUGGUGGAGACUGCUGCGAGGCUUCCUGUCGAAGCUCGGAAUUCCAGUGUGGCUACGACGAGUAUGGGCUUGUGUUUGUUGGCUACCCUUGCAGACAACAAGGACGAGGCAAAUGGCUGGAUCAAGGUCAAGCGAUUGUCGGCGAAGAAUUCGCGUUCUCCGGAUCCCAAGUUGAGUUAUCAAGAAAUGGGGCCGUCUUGGCCAUUACUGAGCCCGGGGUGGAGCGGGUAAGCCUUUUUGACAAGGACGGGACCGACUGGGUGCGUCGACACUCCGAUGUUGAGCUCCCAAAGCUGAGGCUUCGAAACAUCGCCAUGUCGACCGGGCCAAGCAUUUUUCUGAAAACACCCACCUUCGCGAUCCCAGUGUUAAUGGCCUGGUCAGGCGUCGAUCAAACUACUGGGAAUUCAAGUGCUUCUGUGGAGUUCUGCCGUAUUCGAGACUGCGAAACGCCCACCUUUGAAAGGUCAGAGACAGGAAGUUCGCGAGCAGCCACAGUUGCAAUGUCUUCAGACGGUUCAACUCUAGCAUUUGCCUACCGCAACCCACAUCGAGUUGAAAUCGAGCGGUUCAUAGUUCUACAAAAUGGAGCCGGGAGGGUUUACGAAGGGGAGACCAUAGACCUCCUGGAAGCAAUCAACUACACGUACCACUAUGACCACUAUGAAGAAGAUUAUUACAUGUAUGGUGGGAAUUCCUUAUUGAUCAAUGCGAUGAGUCUUUCCUCCAAUGGCGACAAAGUGGUGGUUGAGCUCUGGGAAGUGUUUUCUAUCCACGAUUUUUAUCCGUUUGCCCCAGACGACUAUCAUUCAACCACUGUCAUGCUUUCAUGGAAUGGGACUUCCUACACCGGAGACAUCUCCUACUUGUACGACAGAGAUUUUCUCGUGGAACCAUCAUCAACCAUACGAGAUCCGCCACGCCCCUCGUUUGCCAUGUCUGGCGAUGGCAACUACGUCGUUGUGACCAUUGAUAACUGCAUUCAUCAGGUCCUGGCACGAAAGAACGGCGAAUGGGUAAAUCAUGGGCAACCAAUAAACGGCACGCUCCUUUUGCCUGCAGCCAAGUGUUACGGUGAAGGAGGCCCGACGUACACUACUGAAGUGGCACAGGCGGUAGCCAUGUCGGAGGAUGGCUCGACAAUUGCGGUUGGCAUUGACGGUCAAUAUAUUGCUACGUUUGGUUGGAACAGCACUUCUUGGGAGCAAAAAGGUGACCUGUUGCCUGGUGGCCCCAACAUGUUCCUGUCUCUUUCGUCUGACGGCUUGACUCUAGCGACUGGACUGCCCUUGAACGAGCGGAACGAUGCUGGUGUUACAAAGGUGUAUUCCUGGGUCCCAGAACCAGUGGAAGGCCAUUCCAAUCUACGUGUUUCAGUCACGCCUGAUACCAAGGAGACAAGUUGGGAGGUCCGAUCCAACCGCACGGGAGAAGUGCUUUUGAAUAGUGGUGAUUACUCGUGGGGCCUUGCACCAACCACAGACACCACCAGCGUACCUGUGGAAGAGUGCCUGGUCUUUACCGUGUAUCCGUAUCGACUCACUUGUUCGUUUUACUCCGCCUGGGGAUGCACCCCACCGGUGACAUUCUCCGAGCCCGCUAGGUUGGAUGCCUUUUUGGAUGGUGAACAUGCAGGUAGUAUUCCUAUCGCGACUAAUGCCGCUUCCUGGACAAAGCAUUGUGGCAAUGACUUGUUGUCGUCAGGUCACGAGACUGUAGGCAGCCCCAUGACGUUGUUUCCGCCGCGACAAGUUUUCGUGGGCAAAAACUGCACCUCUUGUCCUGAAGGUACACAACAACUCCAGAUUAUGAUGUAUGCUUGUAACAACAAUUCCACGGUGACUCUGAAAGAGAGCAGCAGCACUAUUGGAGGAGCACAAGCACUGCCAUUUGUCCACAAGAACAACCUUCUUGAAGAAACUGCAGUGUGGGAGUGGACGUGUAUCGACUCCAUUCAUAGCUGCUACACUUUGACCAUUCAAACUGACGUUCUAGAACGCAGACACAGGAGGAGUCUCUUGGCAGAGUCAAAACUGUCCAAUGGAAUUUACUACGUGUUCUUGGACGGCGAACACGUUGCGGACGGUGGUCGAAUUCCCUUUUGGAAGUCACCAGAUGAAGACCAACCAGGAACCUACCAGAUAGAGAUACCGGUUGGGAAUUGCUGA